AUGGCGUGGGACGACGACGACGGCGCCGACGACGCCGCGGCGCUCGAGGCGAUCGCGCGGGCGGAGCGCGCGCGAGGGAUCGGUCUCGCGACCGCGCGCGCGGUGACGGGGGCGGUGACGGUGACGGAUGUUUCGGGCGGUGGGCGCGCGCGUGGUGGGACGGCGCCGACGACGGCGCCGAGGACGUGUGAGCUCGCGCUGUGCGCGCCGGGCGAUCGGUUCGCGGUGGUGGCGAUGCCUGGGGUGAUGGAAGCGGUCGACGGUGUCGUGGGAGGUGGGAUGGGGUGUUCGAGAGACGCGCGCGGACGACGGACGAUUCCGGCGGAACGGCGCGUCGAGGCGACUCGAACGCUCGAGAGCGCGGGAUUCAGGGUGAUUCAGCCGCCGUUGAUGGUGAUACGGUGCGCGGAGAUGGGGUUCGACGAGCACGAGCGCGAGGCGAGGGCGAUGUACGACGCGCGCGUGCCGAGGGAGAUGGAUGCGAAGAUGUUUGAUUUUCAACGCGAAGGGGUCAUGUACGCGCUGAGGCGGGGCGGGCGCGCGCUCAUCGGUGACGAGAUGGGUCUCGGGAAGACGGUUCAGGCGUGUGCGCUGUUGGCGUGCUAUAAGGACGAGUGUCCGGCGUUGAUUCUGGUGCCGACAUCGCUUAGAGAGGCGUGGCGAAACGCGCUACAGAGCUGGCUCGACGCGGACGACGGCGACAUUGCCGUUGUCGGGGCGGCAAACGAGGCGAAAAAACUCGACGAAGGGCGCAUGUAUAAUAUCGUUCCGUAUUCAUUGUGCGUCAAGCUGAAAGAUAGAUUGCGAGAGCGACGGUACAAGGUCAUCGUCGCGGAUGAGUCGCACUUUCUGAAGGAUCGGCGCGCGCAACGGACGCAAGCAGUUAUGCCGCUCAUGAAGGACGGCGCGGCGUCGCGUGUGAUCUGUCUCACGGGCACCCCCGCACUGAGUCGACCGAUCGAGUUGUUCUCGCAGCUCGAAGCCUUGGUCCCACGAGUAUUUUUUCGUUUACACGAUUACGGCACGCGCUACUGUCAGGGCGGCGCGCCUUUUGGAAUGUACACGGGGUGCUCUCGCGCGGACGAACUUCACGUGAUGAUUUCAAAACUCUGCAUGGUGAGACGACUUAAACGAGAUGUUUUGAAGAGCCUGCCGCCCAAGCAGCGAACGCAACAGUUUCUCACAGUGGAAAAGUCUUGUUUGGGCGACGUGCGUAGGAUCAAAACGCAGUUGGAUAAGCUUCGCGAAGCCGGCGGCUCGGAAUUCGAGGAGAAGCGCUUACUCAACGAGUUGUUCCUCGCGAGCGCUAAGGCUAAGGUUAACGCGGUGUGCGACUACCUGGAGACCCUCAUCGAUGGGAGCGCGUCAGAAAAGUUCAUAUUCUUCGCGCACCACGGAGUCAUGCUCGACGCCGUCAGUGCGUUUCUCGAGAAGAAAAAGUGCAAACAUAUUCGCAUAGACGGAUCGACGCCCUCGGCCGCUCGAGGUGAUCUCGUAAAUAAAUUUCAGCGCGAUGACUCCACUCGAAUCGCGGUCCUUUCGAUCAAAGCUGCAGGCAUGGGUCUCACCCUCACCGCAGCGUCCACGGUGAUCUUUGGAGAAAUGGUGUGGACACCGGGAGAUUUGAUACAGGCCGAAGAUCGAGCGCACAGAAUUGGCCAAGCUUCGAGCGUGCUAGUGCAAUAUCUACACGCACGGGACACGAUCGACGAGAUCAUUUGGCAAACCAUUCGGAGAAAGCUCGAUACCUUGGGUACCGUCUUGAACGGGCAAAGCGGCGACCAUCUCGAGGCGACGACGGCGGGUUCCACUCGACGAACCAGCGAGGAAACGAGUCCACGUUCGACCAAGAAACAAAAGCUCGCCGUCGUUGACGUCACUCAAAGGACGCUCAUAGAGAUGUUUUCCUCGCAAGCGACGCAAAAGUCUUCGCCCGCAGGCGAAGACCCGACCACGGAUGACGAGCUCUUCGCAGAGCUCGCCGCGCGCUUCGAGUCAAAGAAACAAAAUGUAGGUAGUAGUUAG